GUGCUUUAAUACCUUAUCUCUAAUGUGAUUAGCCAAUUCUUUACUUCGUAGCAUAUUUGGUGCUUUUUCAUGCAUCAAGUUUGGCAUCAUUUUUUCAUCCUAUAUUUGUUUUUUUCUAUUUCUAUGCCAUAUUUUUAAAGAUGAGUGACAAUGGUGAAGAAGCUGGAGAAAAUUGUCAAGUUCCCCGUUUGAAUGAAAGGAUUCUUUCAUCAUUGUCAAGGAGAUCAGUAACUGCCCAUCCUUGGCAUGGUCUAGAAAUUGGACCUGAGGCUCCUCAGAUCUUCUGUUUUGGAAGAAUAGUUGUGGAGAUCACUAAAGGAAGCAAGGUUAAGUAUGAACCUAACACAAAGACUAGAUUGAAUAAGGUUGAUCGGGUUUUGUAUUCAUCAGUUGUUUAUCCACAUAACUAUGGUUUUAUCCCUCACACACUGUGUGAAGACAAUGAUCCAAUUGACAUAAUUCAUUCUAAGACUAAAAGAAUGAGCACAUGGAGGUAGCAGUUAAUGAUUUUUUACCUGCAAGCGUUGCUAUUGAUGCCAUUCAG